AUGGCAUGGGACUUAGCUCCUCGCAUCCUACCACUUUAUGAUGCUAAAAGCAGCAACCUUGAUAUUCCUAUAUCUUUCUCACAGAAGAAGAGUUACCGUUUAUUUACUAGACUUCACUAUGUAUAUAUUAACAAGCACUUUGAUCCUGAUAGUGUUGCUUUCCAAGUCAAGAUCCUAGAAGAACCUGGGUUCAGCGAGGAAAACAGCAUUCAUCAUUCUCUUGCUCGUGUACCUAUAAGAACAAAAAAACUCUCCUUUUCCAUAGAUGAGGACAUUUCUGUAAUUACAGAUCUGCUGAAAAAAAGCAACAUCAACCCAUAGGAUAUUGAUAUGCUAAUAUCUAAUAGUAGCAUAUUCUCUCACCCGUCUCUUAUAGCUAUGAUAAUAAAUAAAUUUAGAAUGAGGAGCAAUAUCAUGAGUUUUAACCUGUUGGGUAUGGGAUGCAGUGCGGGAAUCACAUCAGUUGGACUCGCCAGAGACUUGUUGAGGGUACACCAAAACUUGCUGGUGCUUAUUGUGAGCACUGAAAUGACAAGUCCUAAUUGGUGUACUGGUAAGAACCCAUGCAUGUUGCUAACUAAUUGUCUACUGAAUGUGGCUGCAAAUGUAUUGAAGCUAAACAUUGCCACAAUAGGACCUAUGGUCUUGCCAUUUUCAGAACAACUACGGUAUGUGGUUUCAUUGAUUUUGCAGAAGAUGAGAAUUGCUACCAGGACAAGCUUAUAUACUCCAGAUUUUAAGAGAGCCUUUGAGCAUUUCAGCAUGCAUACAGGAGGAAAAGCUGUCAUUCAAGCAAUUGAAAGAAACCUAGCAUUGUUGAAAGAAGAUGCCGACCCCUCUAUGAUGACUCUUCACAGAUUUGGAAAUACUUCAUAUUCUUCUAUUUGGUACGAGCUAGGUUAUAUAGAAGCAAAAGGAAAGAUGAAAAGGGGUGUUCGUGUUUGGCAGAUUGCCUUCGGAAGUGGGUUCAAGUGUAAUAGUGCAGUAUGGAAAUGCAUUUACAAUGAAGGAGCUGAUAUAGCAAAUAUUUGGGAAGAUGAAAUCCAUAGAUAUCCAGUAGAAAUACCAGAUAUCAUGAAAAUCAACUGA